GCGGACUCAGGGGCCCCGCGUGGCGGGCCUGACUCCCGGCCCCGCAGCGCCAUGGCAACGGCCUUCAGCAGCGACGGGGAGGCCGCGCUGCGGCGGGAGCUGGGCCCGGCGGCGGCGGCGGCGGCGGCGCCGCGGGAGGACCUCGAUGGCUUCUACGAGAUGGGCCGGGCCGCCGCCUUCGUGCAGGGCGGCGGGUUCCGCAAGGUCGCCCUCCAGUUCCCCGACGAGCUCCUGGCGGACGCGGCAGCGGUGGCGGCCCGGAUGGAGGCGGCGACUGGGGCCGAGAUGUACGUCCUGGGAGACACCACGUACGGCAGCUGCUGCGUGGACGAAGUGGCCGCCGAGCACGCGGGUGCCGAGGCGGUGCUGCACUACGGCCCGGCCUGCCUCAGCCCCAGCAGAAAGCUCCCGGUGCUGCACAUCUUCGGGCGGCAGCCCCUGGACAUCGAGCGUUGUGCAGAGGCCUUUCGGGAGCUCUACCCCGACCGGCAGAGCCAUGUGGUGGUGCUGAGCGACGUAGUUUAUGCCCAUGCGAUGGGUGAGCUGGAGCAGCAGUUAUGCCCCGAGUACCCCAAUAUCGUUUUCUCCAGGGUGGUGUGCGGGGACCCUCCUGGCCCCGCGCUGCCCGGGGAGGUGCGGCAGUUUGGUCGCCAGUUCCUGGUGGAGGCGCCGGGAGGGCUGCAGGACUGUGCCAUGUUCUAUGUGGGAGCUGAAGGCUUGGCUCUCACCAGCUUCAUGCUGACCUGGAACUGCUGCCCCUUCAGCUCCUUCAACCCUGCCACUGGCUGUGGCCGCCGCGAGACCCUUAACGUCAACCGGGCCCUGAUGCGACGCCUCUACCUGGUGGAGCGAACCCGGGAUGCACAGGUGGUGGGCAUCCUGGUGGGCACCCUCGGCGUGGCGGGCUACCUGGCGGUGCUGCAGCACCUCCGCAAGCUUCUGCAACGGGCCGGCAAGCGCAGCUACACACUGGCUGUGGGGAAGCCAAACCCUGCCAAGCUGGCCAACUUCCUGGAGGUGGACAUCUUUGUCCUGGUGGCCUGUGCUCAGAACUCGCUGCUGGACUCCAGCGACUUCUACCGGCCCAUUGUGACCCCCUACGAGCUGGAGCUGGCCUGUAACCCAGCCCGCGAAUGGACAGGGAACUACUUCACUGACUUCCGAGACCUGCUGCCAGGUGCCUGUGCGCACAUUGGGCUCCCACCGGCUGUCCCUGCAGCAGAGGCUGUUCCCGACAUCUCGCUGAUCACGGGAGAGAUGCGUGCUGCCCACCUCCAUGACCCCCCGGCUACCCAGCUGCCCCCCAGCACCGCUCUGGCCUGCAGGGACCAGACUCGGGCCCUCGCGGAGAUCAGCCCUGCUGCCUCCUUCCUGGAAUCCCGCAGCUGGCGGGGCCUGGAGCAGCGGCUGGGGCAGACGCCCAUCUCCAAGGCUGUGCAGGGCCGACGAGGGAUUGCCAUUGCCUAUGAGGAUGAGGGGCACGAGCAACCCUGAUUCAGCAGCAGCAUCAGCAGGAGCAGGAGGCGUGCGGGGGCCCAGGUGUUGCCUGCCACUGGGUGUCAGACCUGUGAGGGUCUCACAAGGGUCCGGACCUACCACCAGCUGGCCCCGCACUGGAUGCGGCCUUGGGUCAGUACUGCGGUGGGAGAGCAGGAGUUGCGUGCAUGUUUGGGGAUGCCUGCAGCACCCGUGGGCUCAUGGCCAGGGCAGCAGCAGGGCCAGGGCGGGCACUUGGCCCAGACCCAGCCUCCAAGGGCAACCCAGUCCAGGGCAGCUUUGGCCCUACACAGAAAGGUCACAGCUUCACAUGAGCCGACAGCACCAGGACUUGGCUGAUGUGGGCUACUGCUGCUAACUAAAGCUGAACUGAAAAGGA